AUGACGGGACAACGCAUCCACAGGAAUAUAACCUGUGCCAUAACGAGCAAUGACCUGGAAGAUGAUGAAAUUGAGUCGAUAAUGCUAAAAACGUUCGGUGAGACAUUUACUAAGGGAGCCAUGCAAUGGUAUUGCACGCUGCCCCAGCACUCUAUUCCAUCAUUCGAGCUGCUCAUAGAUGCCUUCGUGAAGGCUCACGCCGGGAUUCGGAAGGUGCAGGCGAGAAAGACCGACAUAUUCAAGAUUUUCCAAAAGGACGAACGGCUCAGAGAGUUCGUGACAAGAUUCCAGAACGAAAGGAUGUUGCUGCCCGCGGUUCCCGAUGAGUGGGCAGCUCAAGCUUUCAUACAGGGACUUAACCCCCGAAGUUCCAACGCUUCUCUCAGGCUGAAAGAAAACCUAAUGGAGUUCAGAGCUAUUACUUGGGCGGAUAUCCAUAACAGGUAUGAGUCCAAGAUACGAGUGGAGGACGAUCAGCUCGGGCUCUCACCGGGUCCGAUUAAUCGGAUAAAACAUUCAGACAUACCAAAAAGGGUAAUAGAAGAAAAUUUUCAACCAUUAAGGGAUAAAUAUCAUCCAUACCCUCAGCCCGAGAGGUCCAUCUUCAGGUCAGAUAAGGGAAGAAGUCGUCCUGGCCCUAAUACAACAAGAAGUGACAGGCAAAGCGAUCGCGGCUCGGGGAACAGGGGUUUGCAAUUUAGAAACAGCACCGUUGGGAUAUCCAACAUCGGCGAAAGCCUGAGGUUGUCUGAAUACAACUUCAACGUUGACUCGGGAGCCAUUGUAGCGACAACCGGUCACAUCAAAGACGCGAGUUGGCCAAGGCCACUGCGAACCGACCCUUCGCAACGAGAUCCAAAUAUGAUAUGCGAGUAUCAUGCUAUUCAUAGACAUCAAAUCGACGACUGUAAAAGGUUAAGAGACGAAGUUGCACGGCUGUUGAAAAACAGUCAUCUCUGGGAGUUUCUGAGUGAACGAGCAAAGGGUCAUUUCAAGAACAGGGAAACAAGCAAGAAGACCGAACCAGAGGAGCCCCAACAUGUGAUCUGUUACACUUUGGAAAAUUUAUGUCGUCGUGUAGUGAGUGAACGACUGCGAGUUUAA